AUGUUGCCGUUUAAACACGCAAAUAAGGAUUUAUCCGAAGAAACGUUAAUGAAGCUUUCAAAUUCUUCAACUACUAUCACUACUUUAGCUAUGGAUUAUGAAUCCUUAUGGCUUGAUGGAAAAUGGAUAAAAGAUUCUACUGAUCGUACUUUAAUGUUUCGUGGUGUAAAUUUAUCUGGUUCUUCCAAAUGCCCUCCAAAUAUACCUUCGCAUGAACCUCAAGGUUUUUAUGACCAUAGGAAUGUUAGCUUCGUCGGGAGACCUUUUCCUUUAGAAGAAGCCGACCAGCAUUUGACUCGUUUAAAACAUUGGGGUUUUAAUUUUUUAAGAUUUAUUGUCACUUGGGAAGCUCUUGAGCAUCAGGGACCGUUUUCUGGAGGUUCUGGAGCUCCCGGAUGGACAUUUGACCUUGCUGGUUUAGAUAUGAAAAAAUUUAAUGCCACUGAUGCUGCCAUUGUUCAUAAUACUUAUCAUAAUCCAAAAAAUUUUCCCAAAAUGGUUUGGUCGACUAAUUAUUAUAAAUUAGCUUCAGCUACAAUGUUUACUUUAUUUUAUGCAGGAAAAUUGUAUGCUGAAAAAUGUAUCGUUGAUGGUGUAAAUAUACAAGAUUAUUUACAAUCUCAUUAUUGUGACGCUUACAAAACAUUGGCAACAAAAAUUUGUGAGGCUGGCCUUCAUGAUUCUUUAGUGAUUGGUUAUGAUUCUAUGAAUGAACCAAGUUGGGGUUUUGUUGGUGCAAAAGAUUUGAAUCAUAUUCCUGAUCAUCAAGAAUAUAGACGUGGAAGAACUCCAACUCCUUUUCAAGCAAUGUUAUUAGGUGAAGGAAAUGCUUGCACUUUACAAGUCUGGGAUAUUACUUGGUAUGGUUUUGGUGUUGUCGGAACUGAACAUAUUGAUCCAAAAGGUGUAACUGCAUGGUGCGAAAAUGAACCUAAUGAUUAUCCAUGGAAAAAGGCUCCUGAAUUUCCUAAAGGCUGUAUAUGGGCUGCUCAUGGUGUAUGGGAUAAGGAAACAAAAACAAUAUUAUGUCCUGACUAUUUUGCAAAAAAUCCUCACACUGGUGAACCAAUAAAUUGGAGUCAAGAUUGUUAUAAACCUUUAGUCACUCGAUAUGCGGAAUGUAUUAGAUCCGUACAUCAGGAUGCUAUUAUGUUUGUUCAACCUCCUAUCCUUGAAUUACCACCAGACAUGAUUAACAGUCCAAAUUCUCUAAAACGUCUUAUGUAUUCUCCACAUUGGUAUGAUGGGUUAACUUUGACACAAAAAAAGUUUAAUUGGUAUAAUGUUGAUGUUUUGGGUAUUAAAAGAGGCAAAUAUCGAUCCCAUCUUAAUGCUAUCAAAAUAGGUAAUCAUGCGAUUAGAAAAAAUUUUUCAGAACAAAUUGGAAUGACUAUAAGUGAACAGGUUAACUUAGUCGGUGACGUGCCGUGUGUGAUAGGUGAGAUAGGUAUACCGUAUGAUCUGGAUAAUCGUAAAGCUUACGAAGAUGGUGAUUAUACACAACAAAUAAAGGCAAUGGAUGCAAACCUGCAAGCGCUUGAAAGUAAUCUCGCAAAUUAUACUUUAUGGACUUACGUCCCAGAUAAUAAUAAUGAAUGGGGUGAUCAAUGGAACGGUGAAGACCUUAGCAUUUAUUCACCUCCAGAAAAUAAUCUCGAAAAAAUUCAUUCAAUGAUGUCAACACCAGAUUCACAUCAAAUAUUAGAUAUAGGAGGCAGAGCAUUAGAAUCUUUAUUACGACCGUUUCCUAUUAAAACUAACGGUGAACCAUUAAGUAUAUCAUUUGAUCCUUAUAAAAAAAUAUUUAAAUACCGAUUUAAAAAUGAAAAAUCCAAUCCUGAAAAGAGCACACCAACCGAAAUUUAUUUACCUAGAUUUCAUUAUCCUGAAAGAGAUGAUUUUUCUAUUACAUUCUUUAGUGGAUAUGCUGAUUUCGAAAGAGACAGACAAUUAUUAUUAUAUUGGCAUGAUAUUGGUGACUCUUCAGACGAUAGGAGUCUCAAUCCUAAUUUCGGAAUUCAUGAAAUUAUUGUCGAAUUCAAGAAACCACUUAUAGGCGGAGAAGGAAUGUGGGAUGACUGUUGUUAA